AUGACCAUCUUCCGUAAUGUUAUGGUGACCGGCGCCAACCAAGGCAUUGGCUGGCAGUUGAUGAAGGAUCUGCUGCCCAUCAGCGGACGCGUCAUCGCCACGGUGCGCACCUCCAACGCCGAACUGGAGGCGAUGAAGGGCAAGGUGGAGAACCUCUUUGUGGUGCAGUACGACGCCACCGCCUACGACUCCUACGACCAGGUGGUGGAGAAGGUGGCGUCGAUCACCGCCGGCGAGGGCCUCGACCUGCUGAUCAACAACGCCGGCAUCUACAUUCGCGACAGCCUGGAGAAGGUCAACCCGAAGGACAUGCUGACGAAUAUUGAGGUGAACGCCGUGGCGCCGCUGGUGCUCACCAAAGCGCUGCUGCCGCAGCUCAAGGCCUCCGCCAGCUCCGGCCAGAAGACCAUCGUCGCGAACAUCUCCUCGCAGAUGGGCUCCAUCGAUGACAACAAGUCAGGCGGCAGCUACGCGUACCGCUCGAGCAAGGCCGCCCAAAAUAUGAUUUCCAAGUCGCUCUCCGUGGACCUUGCGCCCUCGAAGAUCAUCAUCCUGGCCCUUCACCCGGGCUGGCUGCAGAUGGACAUGGGCACAAA